CUGUCGUAUGUCCCGGAAAGGAUCCCGCUCUCCCGUCUCAGCAAUCCGUAUGCGUGCCGGGUGCUUUCCUCCAUCUGCCGAUUUCUCGCGUAUUAUUUGACGGACCAAACAGACGAGAUUGUGCAGGGUGUUGCGGAGGCCCUUUUUGCCGCGCAUCGGGAGAAGGCGAUUCUUGACGUCCUGGAGGUCAAGGACGAGGAGGUCCUUGUUUCCGCUGUGGAGUGCUUGAACAGCAUUCCUUUGCGGUUCCUCACGAAGGAGACCGUUGCCCUCCUCUUAAAUUUGCUGCGCAGGCUGGCAUACCCCCACAUAGGGCUAAAUUCGCUGGUGCUGCAAACGGUAGUGCUCCUGCUCACGUCCUUGGCCUCUUGGGAUUCUCCUCAGGCUGUCCCAGUGUUGAAAUCGACCAUAGAGAACAUGCAUGCCCUCAAUAAGGCCUGCGUGGACUUCCUGCUCGCUGCCUCCCGUGUGGAAGAUGUUAGAGACAUCAUGAGACUCGCAGACAUCAUAGAGGGGUGGCCAGAUCUCCCAGAUGCCGGCAAGGACCUCGGACUAAGGGAUUUUGUCCGCUUGUGCAUAGCGGAACGUUUGUCGCUGCUGCUCGCUCCCCUUUGCAGCCGCAGCACGACGCAAAGGCACUCGAGACAGAGGGCUCUUAAGGAAAACGCGGAGUAUUGGGCAGGGCGACUAAAAGCGGAUAUUGAGGAUGCAGAGGCCGAAAUCGCCAAGGCAAAAGAAGAGGCCGCUGAGGAGGCGGAUGUGGAAGAACUUGCAGUGCUGCACCAACCACAGAAGAGGAGCGAGCUGGUGAAGUCUAUUACUCAGGCAAAGCCAAAGAGCUGGAGGGAAAAGUUGAAAAACCGAAACAAAGCCCAGCAGGAAAGCGCCCCAGCCAAGAAACCGUCCUCCAAGCAGUCCAAGUCCCCUACUGCUGACCUCGAAGAGGAUCCAGCCUAUGCCGAUCUUUACGGAACUGAAAGCAACGUGCCCUCGCUGUGGUUAAACUUCCAUGCUGCUGAGCUGCAGCCGGCCUACAUCAUCGCUGCCACCCUCAGGCUGCUAUAUGCGGCAAUCGCAUAUCCGGUCAUUGCUGUUGCGAGAAGUGAUACUUUGCGCGUAUGCCGACGCAUCAUCUUUCUUCGCACUCUAACUUCGUUGGUCGAAGCUGUGCCCUUUGCUGCAGCAAAUGUUGGCGCAAAAUUCUGCAGACUUAUGCAGCGCGUCCUCCAGAUUGAGCCCCACCAACCGGCGGAGUCCAUGGAUCUUAUUCUGAACUACGAUAUUGUCGGAGAAUGCACUCGGCAGAUGAUGGUGCCCCUACGCCACCUCGUCAGGCAAGCAUCAACAAGACCGCUGGAUCUUAAGGAGCAGAUCCUCUGCAUGGAGCUCGCUGGACUGUACGCAACUCUUGCUCGCCAAAUUCCGUACAUCAAGUUUUCUGAGGAGAGGGAUGUGCAGGAUUGGGCUGUAGAGAAGACAUACGAAAGGCUCUUUCCCGUAACUACAAUCCAGCUCUUCGUAUCGAUGCUUAUCAUGGAUCUGGCGAUUGACGCUGGCAGCUCUCAUGGCACUUACGUUUCGCAUUUGAUGGCCAGACUCGGUCUUCAACGCGAAAGGAUGCGCGUCGACUGCAUAUCGAUUAUUUCGGCCUUGAUGCAGCAUUGUCCUCAAGGCCUCAGCUAUGACGCUAUCGAGGCACUGCAUUAUGCCCGCGUGUUCCUGCACUACCCAAUUCGCCCCUCCGUGAUGUACGAGCUGAUGGACUUGACGAACAUUCACUACUUCAAACGGACCCUAGAACUGCUACUCUCCUCACACUCUCGAACCGCAGAGCGCAUUCUGCAGCUUGCCCCGGUACUCUGGUGGAAUGCCCUGGAGCACCAAGACGAGGAGCCGGUCCGACAGAUGGCAGUCGCUACAAACUGCCGUUUUUACAUUAUCGAAAGGCCUCGCGGCUUGCGUGAGCCGUUACAACCCGAAGUGGAAUAUGCAUAUCGACGUGGAAGUGGUAUUCGGAUCAUCGUGAUGCGCGAAUACAGCAGAAUGACGCGCAUUGUGAAGGGGUUCCCUAGCGACGAGUGGUUGGCGGUUGGGUGGAUCCAUAAGGAUUCGGACGAAGAGGUUGGGCAGGAGCUCUUCGACUGCCUCAUUACGGAAGUGCUGCAUCAGGCGGACGAUUUAAUAAGCUGCCUGAGAGCUUGCUCAGGACAAUUCGAAGACGAAAGGGUGGAUGUGCUGCGUGACGUGGUGUCUGCCGAGUGCCUCAUGCAGCACCUCAAGCUCCACGUAGUCUGCAAUCCCGUUCUUGCCAUCAGUCGCACAACAUCAAGCAACUCCGCCCCAGUGGAUCGGCUGGGCUUGUACGUUUUGACUGGCAUGUAUCUGCAUGAAUUUUUUAUCGACUGGAAGUACUGGUUUGCCUUCGACCCCACCAGCACAGAGGAGAAGUGGGGUGUCCAGCUGCUGUGCUUGGACUUGGAGGCGGAUGCGAUGGAGUGGCAGGGGCCCCGAGGAGGCCUAGGGAACUUCUUGGGCUGGAUAGAUCCGGAUAUCCAGCGUCUGGAGUCAGUCGACGCCCAGAGAGAAAGGGAAGAAGCGAUUGAACAGGUGAGACUUGGACUUUGUGGAGUGCACCGAGAGGGCGAUGGCGUGUCUGUCAGUGCGUCUGUCCGUGCGUGUGUUGCUGCUGAGGCUUUUUCACGCUUUUUUGCUCAAGGCUUGCUGAGUGCGAGGAUCAGUAUUGGAGGCCCUGCGUGGCUCCGGCAGAUCUUCGGUACGGAGGCUGGACGCACUCAGCGCCGGCUCGAUGCGGCGAAAGAGCAUCUUCUCACUCCAGGCAUUAAAUACAAGCUAGAUGGCAUUAGACAGAUCGAAUUCGGCGGGGGGGAGGCGUGCUGGGUCGAGCUGACUUGGCGAAUUCCAAAGGCGUCCAAGGGAGAGCAAGCUCCAAAAAAGUCCGCCGCUCCUACCCUCAAGCUGCUGCUCCUAGAUGACACCAGCAGAGAACGAUUCAGGAGGGCUCUCGCCGCUGGACUGAACCGCACGGAAGAAAGCAUGUGGGAUACAAAGCCAGAAAAAGCAACACCGCUAGACAGGGCGGCAAGCAGUGUACACAUAUUUAUAUGA